AUGGCAGUGUUUGUAGCAGGUGUUAAUGAUGAAUCGAUUGGUGGUAAAGAAACUGAGAUUGACGAAUACUUUCAACAAGCAUAUUCUGUCAUAGGUGAAAGUUCUUUCAUUGGAAACAAUAGAGACAAAAAUAGUGUAAAAGAUAUUACAACAAAUGUUGAAAAUGAAACAUGUUUGGAUCUAGGAGAAAAUGAAGAAUAUGAAGAUAUAAAUAAUGACAAAGAUGCAAAUGACCCAGAUUAUAAUCCUAGUGAAGAGGGUGAAUACGCGUCACCAUCGGAAGACGAUAUUGAUCAUGAAGAAACCGUAGAAAAUGAAUCUGUAAAGGCAAAUGAUAAACAAAAUGGAAAAGGAGAAAGGCAGAGACAUCGUAAUAAACAGUUGCGUAUGUCAGGGAAUGCAUACAAAGGAAUGAAAAAGUGGAUGGGAAGUGGGGAUUCCAUGUUGAAAAGUCCGCAAGGACGUUGUCUGAAAAAAAGGUGUUCAUCACGCUGCCAAACCUCUAAUAUAAAAAAUUGCAAAACCGUAACAGAAGCAGAUAGGAGAGAGAUAUUUACUAAUUUUUGGACAAACAUGACAACAUGGGAUGAAAGGCGUGUAUAUGUAAACUCGCUUAUAAAUGCUAAAGCAGUGGAGGAACCUACACUUGAAAAUGGAAAACCAAGUAGAAGAACUCGAACCCUCACAUACCAUCUAAGAAUUAAUGAAGAGCGUAUUGUCGUAUGUAAACAACUAUUUUUGUCAACUCUUGGACUAGGGGAGCAGACAGUAUAUCAAUGGAUAGAACAGUCAAUAUCGGGUGUACCAGAUAGAUCAGCUGAGAAAAAGCAGAAGCAGUCAGAUACAAGAAAGAAAGCUCAAGAAGAAAGACACGGCCAGCUACGUAUGAGUGUCAAGCAAUUUCUUGAAAGCAUCCCUAGAAUGGAAUCUCAUUAUUGCCGUUCAUCGACUUCGAAGACCUACCUUGAACCUGUAUUUAACUCUCUGACCUGCUUGUAUAAAGAAUACGUGAAACAUUGUAAUGAAAGGGUAUGUGCGAGUCGUAGAGUAUUUACCGAAGUUUUCGAGAGCCUAAAUAUUGGUCUAUUUGUGCCAAAAAAGGACCAGUGUGAUAUCUGUGUAGGUUUUUGA